UCGCGCGGGGUUGAAAUGAUGCACAUGGAUCUAUUUCCGGUUUCUGCUCAAUGAAGUGUUUGAUCUAAAACAUAAACAUUGUGCAUUUUCAUCAUCAAUUCAGUGACAGUAUUUAUUUUAUUGUAUUGUUGUUAAAGCGUUUCAUCUGCAGAAUCCCUCCAGAAAUGGAGAGCCAGCACGGCAAGUGGACGCUGUCUGACAGCGAUGAUGAUGAUAACAUCGUACCACCAACACCACCCAAGGCGAGGAACAUCAAACCUGAUCCAGCGCCCAAAGCCAACCCAGUUACUACACUGAUAAACCCCAAAUCAGAGCCCAGGAAACAAAACAAUGUGAAGCUCGAGAUUGAACAAACAUCCGUCCCGAUCAUGGGCUCCGAGGCUCGCCAAGCAGCUCGUCUCCAUCAGAGUAAUCCGGUGAGAUACGACAGCGAUCCUCCUCCAGCACCGAAACGCAAGAGAAAAACAGAGGAAGGAGGCUGGAAUCUGUCCAGCAGUGAUGAUGAUGACCAUGACAGAGAUGGACCUUCAUCAUCAGCCACUAAGAACAAACCAAAACCUCGACCAGCGAGCUCCAGUCCUCCGAGAAAGAAGCGCGAGUUGAACCGUCCCCCGAGUCCACAUGGUGAUAAUUAUUAUAAAGAGGAACCCAGCGAUUUCUUCGAGGCGAGUUUAAAUAACAUGAACGAUACGUAUCGCUUUUAUUUAAACAAAGUCACCGGAAUAGAAAAGAAGUUCAACACUGGAGCGUUGCACAUCAAAGAAAUUCUGUCUCCUAUGUUCGGCACGCUGAAGGAAUCCGUCCAGUUUAACUACUGCUUUGAUAUUCCAUGGAUGGUUCAGCAAUAUCCUCCUGAGUUUAGGAAUAAACCUGUAACUAUCGUACACGGAGAGAAGCGGGAGUCGAAGGCUCGGCUCAUCCAGCAGGCUCAGCCCUACAGCCACAUCCGCUUCUGUCAGGCCAAGCUGGAUAUUGCCUUCGGGACUCAUCAUACGAAGAUGAUGCUCUUGUGGUAUGAGGAAGGCUUCAGGGUCAUUAUCCUCACAUCGAACCUAAUACAAGCUGACUGGUACCAGAAGACUCAAGGACUAUGGAUGAGUCCUCUGUACCCACGGUUACCAGACGGAAGCCCGGACACAGCCGGCGAGUCUCCUACAUUCUUCAAACGAGAUCUGCUGGAGUAUCUGAACGCAUACCGAGCCCCAGAGCUGGCCGAGUGGAUCGAGAGGAUUAAAGAACAUGACCUGUCAGAAACCAGGAUCUACCUUAUCGGUUCCACACCAGGAAGGUUUCAGGGAUCCAACAUGGAGAAGUGGGGUCAUUUAAAGUUACGGAAGUUGCUGAGAGAAUACGCGCGUCCGGUGCAGAACGCCGAGAGUUGGCCCGUGAUCGGUCAGUUCUCCAGCAUCGGCUCUAUGGGCCUCGAUAAGACCAAGUGGCUGUCAGCAGAGUUCCAGCACACUCUGACAACAUUGGGGAAGAGCGCAAAAACAUUAACGGCCCCAGUGACGAGGCUCCUGCUGGUCUAUCCUUCAGUGAACAAUGUUCGCACCAGUUUGGAAGGCUACCCAGCUGGAGGUUCUUUACCCUACAGUAUACAGACAGCACAGAAGCAGAUCUGGCUGCAUUCCUAUUUCCAUGAAUGGAAAGCUGAAACCUCUGGCAGAAGCAGUGCGAUGCCCCACAUUAAGACCUACAUGAGGACGUCGCCGGAUUUCUCUGAGCUGGCCUGGUUUCUCGUUACAAGUGCCAAUCUGUCCAAAGCUGCCUGGGGAGCACUGGAGAAAAACAAUACCCAGAUGAUGGUUCGUUCCUAUGAGCUGGGAGUUCUGUACCUACCUUCAGCCUUUCAAAUUCGCACAUUUCCAGUGGAGAACAACAUCUUUCCCAUCUCCAGCUCCUCCACAGGUUUCCCGGUGCCCUUCGAUUUGCCACCGCUUCGCUACUCCAGCAAAGAUCAGCCAUGGAUCUGGAACAUUCCAUACACACAAGCACCGGACACUCAUGGUAAUAUCUGGGUCCCAUCCUGAAAAGUUUUCCCGUUGCAACGAGGACACGACUGAACAUUACAGUAUUGUGAACUUGGACUCUUGACUACAGUAAAACAUGGUGCUAAAAAUGAAAAAAAAAAAACAGAAUUUUUUAUAUUUUUAGGUAAUAAAGAAUUCAUAAGCAUAAAUGUGCUGAGACUCUUGA